GCCUAUCGUAGCUAUACAUAUGCAUUCACACUUACAAGGGAAACCCAUAAUUUCCGGCGGCGACCGCCGAGUUACUGUUUGUCAGAGCCUGGUACGUGAGAAUAUCUACGGUCAUGUAUCCCGGUGCUGUGAGAGGAGGUCUCCAGUUUCAAACUUCCUAUUUCUGUUCUUCUCUUGAACAUUGCGCGUUACAUUAACUACUUAAACCUUCUGUCGGACGAUAGCGUAGAUUUGAAUGCUACAAGUCAUACAAGUGUUGGUCCCUGACAUCUGUCUGAUGGAUUUCCACGUUUGGAAUUAUCAGUUACCUUAUGUGUCAAAAUGUUCUCUCUUUAUAUGAUGUGAUAGUAUUUGUUAUAACAGAUACUUGCCCUAAACUAAUGCCUUCCCGGCAAAAUCCUUUCGCGUACAUGGCGACAUAAUUCAAAUGACACCAUGGAGCUACGGAAAAUUACCACAUCGUGCUUAUUCUAUAUGGCCAUUGUGUCGGCAACGUGCGCAGAACUCAAUAACAUCAUCGAUGGGUUUCAGAAGGGUCCCACUAUCACUUCCCUCCACAUCCGGUCCGACAUUCACUUCCGCUUUGCUACCACAACCGUCUACAGCUCCAUUUCUAACGCCGAUAUUGCUGACCACGAGACUACAUUUGAUGUCACACUUCCAGACGCUGCCUAUAUCACAAACUUCACACUAGAGAUUGGAGGUGUGAUAUAUCCUGGGGUGAUCAAAGAGCGAGAAGCUGCCAAAUCUCAGUACGACAAGGCCAAGAAAAAGGGACAGUCUGCUGGCCACAUCUCAACUAACAAGCCAAGAGAUACAAAUCGAUUCAAAGUGUCCGUAAAUGUGGCAGCACAAGACAAGAUCAAAUUCACUUUGACGUACAACGAACUUCUCCAGCGGCGACGCGGAAGUUACGAUCAUACUAUCUACAUCCGGCCCAGACAGAUAGUCAACGACUUCCGUGUGGAAGUAUAUAUCCAGGACUCUCGUCAAAUCACUCACCUUAGAGUCCCGCCAUUGCGAGACGAUGUUCUUAUUAACUACAACAGUAUUGAACAGAAUCGACUUGCACGGGUCAGUCGCCCGUCUUCGACGUCCGCUCAUAUCAUAUAUGAACCGUCCGCACAAGAACAGAGCCUCGUGUCUCAGCAGGGACUUUCCGGGUUGUUCGUGGUGGAGUAUGACGUUGACAGACGGUUGGACGCGGGUGAUGUCGUGGUUGUCAACGGAUAUUUUGUUCACUUCUUCGCCCCUUAUGGGCUAGAGCGCAUGCGCAGAAGAAUCCUUUUCGUUUUGGAUACCAGUGGAUCGAUGGUGGGAACUAAGAUGAAACAACUGCAGACCGCCAUGAUCGAAAUCCUAGACGAUCUCAGUGAAGAAGAUAAGUUUAAUAUCAUCAAGUUUCACGGGGGCAACCAAAAAUGGCAGGAUGGUAUGUCUGCUGUUCCGGUUACCGAGGAGUCCAUCGCGUCCGCCAAGGCGUACGUCAGAGGGAUGAUAGCUGAUGGCUGGACAAAUAUAGAUGGCGCUGUGAUGCAGGGUAUCGAGGAUGCCUUGAAGGACAACACGGACGACAGCAUCCCAAUCGUAAUUUUUCUGACGGAUGGCGAUGCAACCGCCGGUGAAACGAAUGUCAACAAAAUUCUCACCAAUAUUAGGACACGUAACACAGAAGGUGUACCUGUCUUCUCAUUGGCUUUUGGAGAUAGAGCGGACUUUGACUUCCUCAAGCGUCUAUCUUUACAGAACAAUGGGUUCGCCCGUAAAAUAUAUGAGGCAUCUGACGCCGAUUUACAGCUAACUGGUUUUUACGACGAAGUCUCCUCUGUUCUCGUAUCUAACGUUACAUUCCGUUAUUUAGAUGAUACUGUGAUAAAAAAUACAAUUUCAAAUGUGAUAUUUCCUAACUAUUUCGAGGGAUCCGAGAUAGUUGUAACAGGUCAGUUGAUGGACACGGCGAUGACCGACCUACCUGUUUCUAUUAUCGGAGAGAGUUCGAAUGGUCUGUUAGAACUACGUUCUUCUGGAAAUACUAUUUUGAAUGACGUAGACAUGACGUCAUUUGAAGACGACACUCGGCCGAACGUGAACUUCACUGACAUUGCCGAGAAGAUAUGGGCUUAUGUAACCAUAAAACAAUUGUUGGACGACCGACUGAGGGAGACCAAUCAAACGAUUCGAGACGAGAUCAAGGAAAGGGCCACACAACUAGCGCUCAAGUACAACUUUGUGACACCCCUGACAUCCAUGGUGGUAACGAAGCCGGAAGAGGAGACCAUGGUAGAUCCUGAAGAGGAAGAAGAGACCACUAAAUCUACUUGGCAAGCUGGGCCCAAUCCUGGUCAAGCACUCAUCGGCAAAUCUCCUUCCUUUGUGGACAGUGAUCCCCAUUUCAUCGUGCACGUGAAGGGCCUUGACACGUCCGUGUGUUUUGAUAUCAUGGGCCAACCGGGAGAUAGAAUCAACCUCGUCUCCGAUGACGUGUCAGGUAUAAGUGUUACAGCCGCAAUUAUUUCAAACAAGAAAAAACCUGGUUCACGGAGGAAGAGAAAAGACGGAUUGGCCGACCAGUCCAAGGACAUUACGAAGACAUACCUUGGAGAAAUACGAAUCGAGGGGUUAAAAACAAAGCUGUCCUUCACCCCUACAAACUGGACCAUGGAUGGCCAGCAGCACACGUGGAGAAGUUCUGAGGCCCUAAAAUCUCACAGAACGAAAGUUGUGACUGACGGAACCGGUCAACAGAUUGCCAUCAUCUUCCCUAACAAAGUACUCCUGUUGGUUAUACGUCAUAUGAGAACAAAGUCACAGCUAAGGAUGGGCAAAGUGCCAUUUCUAGGAUUCUACAUCGUGGAGGAGAAAGGAUUCUCCUGGCAUACGCAUGGAAUUCUUGGGCAACUACUCCACAGACGGAUUUCACUUAAAAAGACCAAGAAGGUCGACGGUAAAACAAGAGGAAAGCUUCUCGUAAGAGGAAACACAAAAAAGACCAGGAAGCUGACGGCUACUCUUGGAACUCGUCUUAAUCUGGCUACCAACAGGGAGACGCCUUGUUGGAUGGUCCAGCGUAACGGCAAGAAACUUCUAGACGGCAGUUAUAAAGAUUAUUUAGUGCGAGAUAAAAACUCCACAGUCACCACAAAACGAAAGGGACGACGGAAACGAAUUAUGAAGACCACUAGUGGUUCACAGUGAUUCUGGAAACAAAAAAAAAUGGCGACAGUGUAAUUGUUUGUGAUAAUACAAUAUAUGUGGAAUGUUUAUACUGUUUACAUUGGUGCUAUCUACAUACAUACAAUGUAAAGAUUUGAUAAAUAUAAUGGCAUUUGUGACAAUAUUUGUCAUAUCAUAAUUUUGUUUGGAUGUAAUAUUGUGUAAUACCAAAGAAUGGUGACUCCUGACAAAUGUUGUCUUUGGACAACAGACAUAUGUGUCACUUUAAAUACUGGAUGAUCAAUAGGGCUUAGUGAAGGUUUAGUCCUUCGGUGUCUUUGUUUUACACUCAUCGACAUUCUUAAUGAUAUACACCAUAGACGGUGUUACACAUGUGACCAUAUAUUGUUAGUUGAUAUGAUUGGCAAUGCUUUAUUUAAUUGACAAGUAAUAUGCUACGCUUAUUGUUUAUAUGAAAUCAAAUUAUCUUAUACUGUUUAAUGAUAUGUUUGUGCUUUUUGUAAUUUCGAAUGUCAAUAAGGAACUGAUUUUUUUGCAGAAUUUGAAUAAUUAACAGGUUUAGACAUGGUGAGCCACAUACUAAUGUAUUGGCUAUGUAUAUAUUGAUAUUGAUAUAUGCACGACAGGCCAAAUAAGAUUGUUGGCAAUUAAGAUGGUAAUAGUAUAAUAAUGAUAUCACCAAACCUGGAUCAUUAGCCGAAACGUUGCUUAAAGACAAUCAAACAAAAUCCUGCCACCAGAACGCCGACUAAGAACAGCAGGUAAUUGUGUGUAUGAUACAUUAUAUCUAUAUUUAUGACAUAAAUAAGGUGUUGUCAUUAAAAUUUCUAUUCACAGUCACGUUUCAUAUUCGUUUGAUAUAUAUAUUUACAAGAUACUGAAACAGGGAUAUGUAAUUCGAUAAAUGUCCCUAACCAAGCUUAUGCUACUCCUGCAAACAUGUCGUUUUUCUCAUCCUAGAUACUGUUAGUUCUAACUAAGAAAAAUAUCCUAAUAAUGUUAUAUAUACGCUUGUCAAAAACAUUUCACAUAAGACUUUUUUCAUAAGAUGCCAAGCCUGAAAUAUAUAUACAUUUCAAAUUUUAGAUGAAACAUUGUUCAUGUGUUAUUGAUUAAAUUUCCGUAGCUCCAUAUUAUUCGUUAAUGUUAGCGAUUUAGUAGGUAUUCCUGAUCAAACGGUAGGUAUAUAUGUCCAUCUUUAUAAUAAGUAUCGCAAUAUGCAUAUCGUAGGUUCUAGUAUGCAUCUUUCAAAAAUAUAAAAUAGUAUAAGUUUAUAUUAACCUGUUUCAGAUCGCGUGAUACAAACACCAAACUAACAGCUGCAAUUUACGUUUUAUCACCACGUAAAAUCACCAGAGAUGUAUGCUUCAGUAUAAUAUAUCGUUUGAAAGCUUCUUCCGCAGAAAUAAAAUAUACACAAUCCAC